AUGUCAGGGAUGACAUCAGCUGUAGAUGUACACAGGGUUCAGCUGAAAAAUGGGACAGAAGUCACUGUGUUCAUAUUAACAGGCUUCACAGAUGAUUUUGAGAUGCAAGUCUUACUGUUUCUGCUAUUUCUCGCAAUCUAUCUCUUCACUGUGAUAGGAAAUCUGGGUCUGGUUGUGUUGGUCAUUGUAGAUUCUCGGCUCCACAACCCCAUGUACUAUUUUCUGAGUGUUUUGUCCUUUUUGGAUGCCUGCUAUUCCACAGUUGUCACCCCCAAAAUGUUAGUCAACUUCCUAUCAGAGGACAAAUCCAUUUCCUAUUAUGGCUGUGCAGCACAGAUGCUUCUCUUUGUGUCUUUUGGAAGCACCGAAUGCUUUCUCCUGGCUGCAAUGGCCUAUGAUCGUUAUGAAGCCAUCUACAACCCUCUCCUGUAUUCAGUGAGCAUGUCACCCAGAGUCUAUGUGUCACUCAUUGUUGCUUCCUACAUCGCAGGCAUCCUGCAUGCUGUUAUACACACGGUGGCCACUUUUAGCCUAUCCUACUGUGCAUCCAAUGAAAUUAAACACGUCUUUUGUGACAUCCCUCCACUCCUUGCUAUUUCUUGCUCUGAUACACAUGCUAACCAGCUUUUGCUCUUUUAUCUUGUGGGAGCUGUUGAGGUGGUUACCAUUUUGAUUGUUCUAAUCUCCUAUGCUUUCAUCCUGGUGGCGAUUCUAAGAAUGCGUUCUGCUGAAGGAAGACGAAAAGUCUUUUCAACGUGUGGCUCUCAUCUCACUGGAGUGUCGAUUUAUCACGGGACAAUUCUAUUUACGUACGUGAGGCCCAGUUCAGGCAACGCGUCUGUUCAUGACAUGGUAGUGUCAGUAUUUUACACUAUUGUGAUCCCUAUGUUGAAUCCUAUUAUCUACAGUUUAAGAAACAAAGAUGUAAAAGAAGCCAUGAAAAAGUUGUUGAGAGACAUUGGGUUUUAA